AUGUCUGCUUUAAGAGUGGUCUUGUUAGGAAUUUUAGGACAUGGGAAAACAUACCUAUUUAAUAAAAUAACCAAUGCAACUGAACCUGUAACUUAUGGAGGAAAUUCAGUCACAAAAUAAAUUGUGAUUGGCUAAGCUGCACAUGGUGAAUUUGAAGUCGUUGACACACCUGGAUUUGAUGCAUAGGAGGAUAAAUUAUUACAUGCGGCUGGUGUUAUUGCAGCCUUAGCAUAAGGAGAAGUCAACAGAAUAUUGAUUGUAAUCAAAUGCGAAAGAACAGAUAUAAUGAUAAAAAAUAUCAAAAAAAUCAUUGAACCCAUUUCAAGAUACAAAGAUUUAAUCACGUUUAUUGUAACCUAUUGGGAUGAAUAAUAAAGAAGCAUACAACAACAUUAUAAAAGUUAAGAAUCUUAAUCAAAACAAGAAUUAGAAGCAAAAUAACAAAUAGAAGCAGCAAUUAAAAAAAAUUAUAAUAUCAGUUCAGUAAUAUUUUCCUCAUCUUAAGAUGAUCCGAUUAUUAUCACAAAAUAAAUAACUAAUAUUAUUCUAUCAUCUAAAUUUGCGAAAAUUCAUUUUUCCGAAUCUGAAAUUUUUUGUAAAUUUGACAUAUUAAGCAUAAGUUAGGAAUCUGAACUUUAAUUAACUAAUUCCAUUUUAGAAAUUAAGAAAAAUUUUAGAAAUGACUCAAAAUUAUUUUUAAAUUUUAUAGAAACUUUGAAACUAGAUGACAAGGAUUUAAUUGAAAAAUUACAUUUCAUAUCACUAUAUAUUAAAAGCUACGCAAAUGAAUAUAUUGAAGACUUUGAGAAAAAAUAUGCAAAUUAUAUGAAUGAAACCUAUAAUACAGAUGGCGUUAAUAUAAGAUAUUUAUAUCAUAUUUAUCUAAAAAAGGAACUUCAAAUGGAUCUUGAAUAAGUUAUUAAAAAGGCAUAAGCUAAAAUGAAAUAAUCUUAAAAUCACUGUUUUAAUUGGAUUAAAUAGUGUCCUUACUGUGGAUUAGUCUGGAUAAAAGUUAUUGGUUGCGAUUCUGAAACUACGUGUGGAAAUAGGGUAAAUAAUUAUCUCGACGAUCUACUGAUUGGUCCUUAAAAAUAACAGAGUUUCAAAGUAAUAAAAAAUGAUGAUUCUAUUCAUAUUGAGACAAUACAUAAGGAAAAAGAUGAGAACAAAUUAAUAAGUCAACAAAAUCUAGACAUCUGUUAAAUAUUAGGUGAUUCUUUAAAGAAUGAUCCAGAAUUUAAGUAUAUUUCGGCUUUGAACAAUGUAAAUAAAGGUUUGAUUUCUCAUGUUUUUGGUGAAAGUCGUUUCAAAUACUAUGUUGAAAAUAUCGAUGAAGUAGUUCAAGAAACGAUGAUUAUUGAAUUCAAGCAUCUUCUUAGAAAAGCUAUCUUGCUCUCAAAUGAACAUGGAAAGGUGGAAGUUAAAGACUAGAAAUCAUUAGGUUGUGGGAGAAAAAUUGUAUGGAAGGAUUUACCUCCUCUAACCGGACCACUUUUAUAAGAAUUACUAUCAUCUGAGUUGCUUGAUUACUUCAAUGAUAAGGAAUAAUUAUUAAAAGAUGAAGCUGACGAUAUUACAAAGGAGCUGGAAAGGACAUAUAAGAAUCUUGUGAAUCAAGCAAUUAAUGAAUAAUAAAAGAGUAUUAGGACAAUCCAAAAACUAGAAACUAUGACACCAACAAUGAAUGAUGAAGAAACACAGAAAUAGAAGCAAUAAAGCGAAAAUCUUUAAAAAAAUUAUUAAAAUCAUAUUGAAAAUACAAAGAGGGAGCAAAACAAUAUUAAAGAAAAAUACAACAAUAAUUCGUCUAUUAUUCAGAUACUGAAACAGUGGAUUUUUAGCUCGAAUGAUAGCCAAUGA